AUGGCAGACUACCUGAUCACAGGGGGAACUGGCUACGUCCCUGACGAUGGAAUGGCUGGAUCUCAGCUCUUUGGUUCUGGGGAUGGCCUCACAUACAAUGAUUUCCUGAUUCUGCCAGGAUUUAUUGAUUUUCCUGCCAAAGAUGUGGAUUUAACUUCAGCUCUAACUAAGAACAUCAGUCUCAAGGCACCUCUAGUAUCCUCUCCGAUGGACACAGUAACAGAGUCACAAAUGGCUAUUGCCAUGGCUCUUUGUGGAGGAGUUGGUGUCAUCCAUCAUAACUGUAAACCAGAGUUUCAAGCCAAUGAAGUGCGCAAAGUUAAGAAAUAUGAACAAGGCUUUAUCCUGGAUCCUAUCGUGAUGUCCCCGGAGCACACAGUUGGCGAUGUUGUUGCUGCCAAGAAGAUGUAUGGCUUUUCUGGCAUCCCUAUCACAGUUAAUGGGCACAUGGGGGAAAAGCUGGUGGGUCUCGUCACUCAGAGAGACAUUGACUUCCUGUCUCACAACCAACACUCAACACGUUUAGCAGAUGUGAUGACUCCUGUUCAAGAUAUAGUUACAGCUGAAGCUAAUGUGACAUUGAAGGAAGCCAACCUUAUUCUGCAGAAAAGCAAGAAAGGUAAACUUCCCAUCGUUAAUGAUAAGGGUGAACUGGUAUCAUUGAUAGCCCGCACUGAUAUGAAGAAAAAUAAGGAGUUUCCUCUGGCUUCAAAAGAUGAAAAAAAACAGCUGAUUGUAGGAGCAGCUGUUGGGACACAUACUGAUGAUAGGGAACGCAUAGAGCACUUGGCUCAGGCAGGAGUGGACUUUUUAGUUCUGGAUUCAUCUCAAGGUAACUCAGUUUAUCAGAUCGACCUGAUCCGAUACAUCAAACAGAACUAUCCUCACAUGCAGAUUGUCGGAGGCAAUGUUGUGACUGCAGCCCAAGCCAAAAACCUUAUUGAUGCUGGAGUGGAUGGUCUCAGAGUGGGUAUGGGAAGUGGCUCCAUCUGCAUCACACAGGAAGUAAUGGCUGUGGGGCGACCUCAGGGAACAGCAGUAUAUAAAGUUGCUGAGUAUGCCCGCAGAUUUGGUGUACCUGUGAUUGCUGAUGGUGGCAUCUCAUCUGUGGGACAUGUAAUCAAGGCUUUAGCUUUAGGAGCUUCCACAGUGAUGAUGGGAUCCAUGCUGGCAGGUACAUCAGAAGCACCGGGAGAGUAUUUCUUCGCUGAUGGUGUGCGGCUGAAGAAGUAUAGAGGCAUGGGCUCCCUGGAUGCAAUGGAGCAGCAUAAAGCUUCCCAGAGUCGAUACUUCAGUGAGAGCGAGAAGAUCAAAGUGGCUCAGGGAGUCUCUGGCUCAAUUGUUGACAAGGGUUCCAUCCACAAGUUCAUGCCUUAUCUCAUAGCUGGCAUUCAACAUGGCUGUCAAGAUAUCGGGGCCAAGAGCUUAUCUAUACUCAGAUCCAUGAUGUAUGGUGGAGAACUGAAGUUUGAAAGGAGAACAACUUCUGCUCAAAUUGAAGGAGGCGUUCAUGGUCUUCAUUCAUAUGAGAAAAGACUUUACUGA